CACACACACCGGCCCACACUCCCCACCAACUACCCGCACCCCUCCUUCGCCGCUCCCUCACCCGUCGACCUUCACCGCCACUUUCCUCCCAACUCGCACCAUGCCCCGCGCACAAGACCCGACUCAAAGCCUCCUCCGGUGGGGCAUCCAGAACGCCGCUCCCGGCUCGCUCGCAGAGACCGCCCAGGAGAUCAAGGACGGCAAGCGCCCUGACCUCUCGACCGACGUCCUCAAGCACAUCAUGGGCCAGUCCGACGCCGACAAGAUGCGCGAGUGCGUCAUGGUCAUCGAGGGCACCUGGGUCGACCGCGACAACGUCGGCGAGCUCAAGAACGCGAGCGACAUCACCGACGACGACCGCUACCGCGCGUGGGAGGACCUCGAGAUGCUCGUCCAGGACCUCGACAACGCCAACGACCUGCAAAACAUGGGCUUGUGGCCCGUCAUCCUCAAGUACCUCUCGCACGACGACGACGAGCAGGUCAUGUUUGCGUGCUGGGUGUGCGGCACGGCGACUCAGAACAACCCCAAGGCGCAAAAAGCCUUCUUCGACCAGGACCCGCUCCCGACCAUCUCGAGCAUCAUCCAGUCGAGCACGGCGUCGCCCGGCACUCGCGCCAAGGCGAUGUACGCCCUGUCGUCGUCGCUCAAGCACUGGGACGCCGCCGUGCAGCGCUUCUCCGAGCUCGGCGGGUGGGACACGUUGACGCAAACGCUUCAGGACCCGUCUCUCAAGAUGCGCAGCAAGACGGCCUUCCUCCUCUCGCAGCUCAUGUCCCAGUCCAACUCGCCUUCAACCCUCCUCGUCUCGCUGCGGUCCGCCUCGACCCUGUCGACCCUCAUCGACGCUCUCCAUUCGAGCACGGCCGUCCCUUCUGGCCCGUCCGGCGAGCGCGGCGACAUCGACCCGGACCUGCGCGACAAGGGCCUGCGCUUCCUCGCCAACGUCGUCGAGCGGACGCAGGGCACCGACGGUGGGUUGACGCGGCAGGAGAAGGACCAGGCGUUGAAGGCGGUCGACGAGGCUGAGAAGACCGAGGGGUGGACGCCCGAGGACGUGGGCAUGGCGGCAGACGAGUGGGCUCAGUUCAAGCGGGCGCUCAAGGCGUAGAGAGUGCUGCAACGCAGGCGUUCGUUUCGCGCGGCC